AUGCUAGGAAAACAACCUGGCGCGAUGGUCGAUGUGCAGGUCGAAACAGUGGACAAAAAGAAAGUGGCAGUUGCUACUGGCGUUGUCCUGGCUACUGCGAUAGUCACCGCAACUUUAGGUAUCCGGGGGAACGCCGUCGAGUUGCCGCUCACAGGAGACAUGUGUUGGUAUAUCGAGAGGUGCACGGCCACGCCGUCAGGUUUGCUUUUGUUCUUUCUUGCAGCACGGGGAGUUAUCUGCGGGAUCGUCUGUAGCAUGAUUUCUGCUGGAGGCGGCUGGCAGUGUUGGUGUUGUCUUGCACGUUUUGUACUCGCCUGUACUUCUGGUUCGUCAGAUGCUGACGCAGGUUCUGUGUUUCCGUGGGGAGCGCGGCUGACACAGGAAAUCUGUGUUCGUUUAUUGAGAGAUCCUCAUUCAUACCGUCAUGUUUGUUGCUGUCCAUUCAUCUAUCAGGCGGGGAGAAUGAAUGUUAGUGUGGGAUAG